CCGACCCGAAAUCCAAUCGGUCCGGGUUCGGUCUGGACCGAUUGGUCCGGUUCGAUCGGUUUUUUUGGUCUGGGCCUAAACAUGAACAGCCCUAGACGCAGCCCAAGUAGGGAGCGCUGCCUAAAGGAACUAAAGGAGCCUGAAAGAGAUAGUGGUGGAGAAUCAGGUGACAUUCAGAGCUGCGAGAAUUACAGAGGCAUCAAACUGCUUAGCCACACCAUGAAGGUUUGGGAGCGAGUCAUUGAGUAUAGAGUGCGGAAAGGGGUUAGCAUCUCUGAGAACCAGUUUGGUGUCAUGCCUGGCAUAUCGACUACAGAGGCCAUUCACCUCGUGAGGAGAUUAAUGGAAGAGUAUAGGUCUAUGAAGAAGGACCUUCAUAUGGUGUUUAUUGAUCUUGAGAAGGCGUACGAUAGGGUGCCAAGGGAGGUCUUAUGGAGGUGCCUUGAGAUGAGAGAAGUCCCCAUCGCGUACACUCGCGCGAUCAAGGAUAUGGAUGGGGUUGCACCAGGGUCUGCCCUUAGCCCUUUUUUGUUCGCCUUAGUGAUGGACGUCCUAACUCAAGGUGUUCAAGAAGGGGUCCCAUGGUGCAUGCUUUUCGCGGAUGAUAUUGUGCUUAUCGACGACACACGUGAGGGACUAAACGAUAAGUUGGAACUAUGGCGCCUUGCCCUUGAGACUAACGGAUUCAGAAUAAGUAGGAACAAGACUGAAUACAUGGAAUGUCGUUUCAGCGGCCGGGAAAUAGAAUCAGAAGUGGAUGUUAGGAUUGACUCUCACCUAGUACCUAAGGCAGACAGGUUUCGAUAUCUUGGCUCGAUAAUCCAGGCUGAUGGGGAGUUAGACGGGGAUGUUGGACAUCGUGUUGGAGUGGCUUGGGCCAAAUGGCGGUUGGCUUCAGGGGUGUUGUGUGAUCCGAAGAUUCCGCCCAGGAUGAAAGGCAUGGCGCCGGUGGAAGAUAAGUUGCGGGAAGCGAGGUUGAGCUGGGGGUCUCUUGGAAACAGCCUCCCUACUUCCGAGUAGGGGCAAGAAAUUGAAAUAAUAAUGAUUUUGAAUGGGG